AGUAUUGAUCUGCUCAACUUUGCAUAUCCCUACCAUGCCGGUCCGCUCACUCCCUCCCCCAACCAAAAGACGCAAGACAGCUGUCGAAUCCACUUCAGUCAAGUCUCUGGAGACUCAGCUAACAUCUGCCGUCACAGAAAAUGGCUCUCUUAACCCACUGGCGGACCUGCUCAUACUGGCAUAUGGCUCAUCAGACGCGAGGGAAAUGUCCAAAGCUGUCUAUAGCGUUUAUCGCAUAUUUGUCUUGAUAAUAACUCGUGGGAUGCUAGUACACGGAGGUGAUGCUACUGCCAAGCUUGUCCGCAAGUGGAUAUGGGAGAAGUUGGAUUCGUACGUCGAACUACUCGUUGGCUUACUGCAAGACGAAGAGCCUGCGCUGAGGAAAUCCUCGCUGGAGAUACUCUUUUCACUUUUGAAACAUCUCUCAACCUCCCUCACUAAGUCUUCCUCGACUGCACAGCCGCAAUUCCACUUUGCGCACUUCAAGCACAUAGUAUAUGGGCUUCUACUGUGCCCUCCUUCCCCUCGGUCGAAUGGAAGCAGUAAACAUAAUUCAAAGAUGAUGCCGGAUGUGAGAGAGCACUUCGUGGAGUCAUGGUUCAGCGUCUACGAUGAUAUUCGAUGGUGUUUUUUGCGAGAAGCAACAACUGUGCUCUCGAAAUAUUCAUCUGUGGAGAAUCCUCACCUGCUCGACAAUCUGCUUUCUAUUAUGGAAAAGUUGUCAACAUUUCCAACGGACUCGUCAGAGCUUAACUCGUGGUGGGUGGAAGAGCUCGGCGUAAAACCCCCAAAACACAAAAGUGCCAAGGGAGAUGCUGAAGAGGCUGACGCUGCAGAGUCGGUGGAUGGAAACGACGAAGAUGACUGGCGCAAAUUUUUCGAUGAGGAUUCCAAUGCGAAAGAUGAGAAAAAAAACAGUGUGAAGGGCCGGGCUUACACUCUGACAUUCCACCAGUCUCUUUUCUCCCUUCAAGCUCAUCGCGCUGUAUUCACGCGAACGUGGCUAAAAUUCCUGCCCCAUCUCUCAUCUAUCUCAACAUCCUCCAAUCGAGCGUUAACAACAAGAGCAUUGAAUAUAAUGCAUCGUGGUGUCCUGCCACAUCUCACCAGGCCUGUGCUUGUCAUGGAUUGGAUAAGCGCAUGCGUGGAUCUUGGAGAAACCGUUGGACUGCUGGCACUUAACGCUUUGUUCACCCUAAUGAGAGACUAUAAUCUAGAUUAUCCUUCUUUUUUCACCCGAUUAUACGCAUUCCUCCAUCGGGAUGUUCUACACUUGAAGCAUCGUGCUCGGUUUUUCCGUUUAACCGAACUAUUUUUGAGUUCCUCCCAUCUGCCUGCAACUUUAUUGGCAUCGUUCGUUAAGAGAUUAUCCAGGCUUUCAUUGAAUGCUCCUCCAGCAGCUAUCAUCAUGAUCGUUCCUUUCACGUACAACAUUCUCAAGCAACAUCCGGCCCUGAUGGUAAUGAUACACAAUAGUCCUAGCACCAACACCGACCCGUUCAUUGCCGACGAGCCAAAUCCAAACUCUACCAACGCCCUUGAUUCUUCGUUAUGGGAGCUUCACUCCCAUAUUCAUCACUAUGAUCCUGCAGUGUCAACCAUAGUGCGCAUUUUUUCAGAGGCUUUUACAAAGCCUGGUUAUUCAAUGGAGGAUUUCCUUGAUCACACAUACGGAACGGUAAAAGAAUUUUUCAAAACUCUUGUGCACACGCUUACUGUAACAAUAUUGCAGCUCAUUGAAACUGAGGUUAGACGUAAAAUAAAAAGGGAACCCGCGUUAGCUAUGGAGCUGAGGAAAGAUAUAUUUCCAGGGGCAGAUGCAGCGAAUCUGGGCGACUGUUUGGCUGGUAGGGAUGCGGUUAGUGAACUGUGGGUGUUUGAAUGAAUAAAUAUACUGUGGUAUAGCCAAUACUCUAGCUUAGAAAUGAGACUAAGUGCCAAGCGCCAUCGACUUAUCACAAGGCGAUGAUGUGUAAAUAGGACCAAACAUACUUCAAUUGA